GCAAUGUGUGGGGUAUCGCAGCUAAUGCAAGACCAGCAUUUGUGGUUAAAAGUCCGAAGAUGUUCAUGAGGACCCAGAGAGUGAAUCUGAAGUAUCCAGCUGUGCUGGGCUAGACCCAGAUUACACUCCAAAUCACAAGAGUGCAUCAUCAUGCAGUGAAGAUUUGAGCCCUGACAAAGGUGCAUCAUCAUGUAAGAGUCUGUCCAGUGAUGAAGAACAUGAAGGUUCAGACAGUUUGAGUGAAGACGAAGACCCGAUGAGAGGCAAGUGCACCAUUAAAAAACCAAAGAACCCCAUAACUUAUGUUAAAAGACACAAUAAACAACACAAGAUAAACAAAACAACUAACGCCAAAUCAACUGUGACCAUAAAAACUUGUACAAAAAGGGAAGACUGUAAACGAGCAUGUGACAAAAGACAUUAUUGCCUCUACUGUAGUCAAGCACAAUCAAAUAUAUCAAGGCAUUUGGAAAGGAAGCAUUCUGAAAUCAAAGAGGUUGCAUAUGCCUUCGGCUUUCCAUUACGUUCAAAAGAACGAAAGAAUCUUUUGGAACAAUUGCGCAAUAAAGGGGACUUAAAGCACAAUGCAGAAGUUCUGGAAAAAGGCAGAGGACAAAUAGUGACAUGUAAGCAGCCCUCUGAUAAAGCUGAUGUUACAGAUUAUUGGCCUUGCCCGGAUUGUUUCGGUAUGUUUCGGAAAAAUUACCUGUGGCGACAUCAGUCCUCAUGCAAAACCAAGAAAUGCGUGAAAGAUGACAAAAAGAGUACACGGGGGAGAGUACAGAGUCGUGCUGCAUGCCUGCUUCCAAUAUUAGCUUCCUCAGAUGGAUGUCAGAAGAUCAUCAACAACAUGAGACAAGAUGAUGUGUCGUUUCACAUCAGACGGGAUUCACUGAUAUGCAAGUACGGUGAAUCGCUGUAUGCCAAACAUGGACGUGUCAAGUCGAGGCACCAGUAUAUCGCUCAGAGGAUGAGGGAACUGGGCCGAUUCAUGUUAGCUGCAAAAGAUAUGGACAAGAGUGUCAAUGGUCUUGAAGAUUUAUGUGCACCUUCCAAAUUUCAGCUUGUUGUCAAUAUUGCUAAACGUCUUACACAGUUUAGUCCAGGCAAAAAUGAAUAUGGAAAACCUUCAACAGCAGUCAAAAUUGGAUUCUGUCUUAAAGGGGCUGUGGAGGUCAUGAUUGGACAGGCUCUUAUGAAUGAUGAUGAUCUGGCAGAGAAGAAAGCAAAAAUAUUCUUUGAACUUUUGGAGAAAAACUGGAGGAACAGUGUUUCUAUCACCGCUCACCAAACCAUACAAGAAAAAAGAUGGAAUAAAGAAGACGACAUCCCCCUCACCAAAAAUGUGAUUGCCCUGAGAGACCAUCUCAGGAUGGUAGAAGAUGAAGCAAGAGGGGAGCUGAUGCAGCAAAUGAGUUUAAGAGCAUACAAGGCAUUAAACGAGACUGUUCUGGCACAGGUCAUUAUUUUCAACAAGCGGCGUGAAGGGGAAGCCUCACGAUUGACUCUUGAGGACUACAAGAAAGCAAGCACAAGUGCCAUUAAUAAGGACAUCUAUGAAACCUUGUCACAAUUAGAAAAGGAGCUAAGCAAGUUAUUAACCCGCAUAGAAAUCAGGGGGAAAAGAGGAAAGAAGGUUCCAGUUUUCUUGACGGAGAGAAUGAAAGAGUCAAUCGAUCUGUUGGUUAAAAUGAGAGAAGAAGCUGGUGUACCUGCUGAAAAUCCCUAUCUCUUUGCAAGACCUGGUGUGAUGACAAACAUACGUGGAUGUGACUGUCUGCGAAAAUAUGCAGAAGAAAGCAAAGCAGAGAACCCCGAACUCCUAAGGUCAACUAAAUUAAGAAAACAAGUUGCCACACUCUGCCAACUCUUGGACCUUAGUGAACAAGAGCUGGAGCAAGUUGCAAGAUUCAUGGGUCACGACAUUAGAGUUCACCGUGACUUUUAUAGACAGACUGACAAAACAUUUCAAAUUGCCAAGAUAAGUAAGCUUCUGUUCAGCAAUGGAGCAAGGCACCGAGACCUUAAAAGGGAAGAACCUCGAUACGCUUCAUCCUUCAGUAUGUGGUGAAAGUCCCACAUCAACUUCUGUUUUACAGAGACAAACAAAAAAAAGACGAGCCAAGAGAGGAAGAGAGGCCGAUGAGGACGGAUGUCCUGACCUCUUUUCUCCUCAAAAACUCCUGCCCAAUGCAGUUCGGAUGGGGUUUCGGCUGUAGAUGAUCACAGCCAGGAAACAAGCCGGGCCACAAGACCCUCACCGAAGAAGAUGAAGAAAAGUGGAAAACAGACAAGCAAAGCAAAGGAGACAACCAGGAUAAUCCUGAAGAGACCAUGGAGCGAAGAAGAGAGAAGGGCGGUGAACAAACACCUGGGAAAGUUCAUGGCAGAGCACAGGGUUCCUGGAAAACUGGACUGCAUGCGGUGCCUAGAAGAGGACAGCGCCCUGAAGGAUAGAUCUUGGAGGGAUAUUAAAAACUUUGUUUACAAUUCAAUUGUAACUCUAAAAAGGAAGUCUGCUGCAUGAAAAAUCAUGUUUUGAAAGCUUGCCGUCCAGUUGUUCUGUUCACCUUAUGCCAGCUAACACAUUAUUUUUGGUGUUACCAUAUGUUCACAAAAUAAAUAAAUGUACAGCUGGUCACUGGAGAUGGGAUCUCUUGCAGUUUUAUUUGUAGCUUUUAGAUAGUUAUGUAUAUUGCUAAAAUGUGGUUAAUCUAAUUGGAUAAAUGGAACAAUUGAACAUUUAUGUUUAGGUAGACUGUUUAUAUACCUCAUUCUGAAACUUGCAUUAAUUGUUAAGUCACCUUUAUUUAUAUAGUGCUUUAUACAAUACAGAUUUUUUCGAAGCAGCUUUACAGAGAUAACAGGAAAAUUAUCAAUUAUGUAAAUAGAAUGUAAUGCAGCAGUAAAGAAGCUCUAGGUCAUUAUUCAGCUGGAGGUUAUUUCAGUUGAAUAAUGACUAGGAGCUGUCCACACUAAAACAUAAAAUAGCAAAGAAUAAAUGCAAGCUAAACAAUAAGGUAGUUAAAAUAAUUCACUCAGACAUGAACUCAAUAGCGCCCCCAUGAAAAUGUCCUCACUCUGCUGGUAAAAUGCUGGUUCUUUUCCUUUGUUUUUUAAGAAGCUGAGGUAAAAACUUGAAUUAUGGACAUAUCUAGUGUUGAACUAUAGUAUAUAUUUACCUGUAAUUGUAGCAGAAAUGGUGGUCCUCACUUUUCAGGUUAAUUUACUUGGUCCUCACUUUGAUACAUGUACAGGAAUGUGUGUGUGUGUGUGU